AUGCCACUAGGCCUUCAUGUGCUUCAUUCGCACAACAUCAGCCAUUGUGCGGCAGAUUUGGAUCAGAAUGGUGGUGUCGAUAUCGUCGCGGUCCAUGGCUUGGGGAAAAACUCGUUAGAGACAUGGACACAUCAUGAAACGGGUACUUUGUGGCUGAGAGACCUUCUGCCACGGAGUAUCCAUAAUGCCCGAGUUCUCACAUUUGAUUAUGACGCAAGUCCUUCCCUUUAUACCGGAAAAGACUUCAUGGACAGAGUUCAAAGUCAAGCAACUACCCUAGUGGCAGACUUGGAGGGCGAGAGGAGCCUAGAAAAUGCUUCUAGGCGACCUGUCAUCUUUAUCUGUCACGGACUCGGAGGCAUCAUCGUGAAGAGUGCGCUCGUUCAUUCAGCGAGUCGAACAUCCCAUUUCACAUCACACCUCAAUGCUAUAUAUAUCUCGACUUUUGCCAUUCUGUUCUUCAGCACCCCCCAUGAUCAGAUCGAUGUUGGGAAAUGGAUUGCUUCAAGUACAUCGACAUCGACAUCAAACUUCUUAACCCGCCGAGCGAAGGAGAGAAUUAGCAUGCCUGAAAUGCCAAUCACUGUGCAUACUUUAGACGUCAUCACAAAUCAGUUCGCUCCACUCAUGAAGAAGGUUCACAUGUACCUUUUUUGGGAGGGGUUGAGAACACAGCUUACGAGCGGCGCGGAGUUUAUGGUAGACCCGUCCUCUGCCGCUCCACAUUUGUAUGAUACAGAAAGAUGUGGAAUUCCGAACUCCAACCACUCAGAUAUGACGAAGUUUCACCAAUCUGACUCUGCUUAUCGGACAGUUAUAUCUGCCCUGAUGAAGUACUGCUACUCGGCGCCGGCAAUUGUCACAUACCGAUGGAAAGAGGCAAUGGAAUCAAUGAUGCGGAUGCGAAGAAAUGAAGCCCGUGAAUUAACGGGCCUAUUUCUUGAAAUUCCGGACAAAGUCCCGAUCCCCACGGAGAGCAAUACCGAAGCUAUCGAAGCCUCUUUGCAAAAUGAAUAUUUCCACCCACCAUGCACUGUUUCCAUGGACUUUAUAGGUCAGGAGGACAUCAUGAACACACUCCAGGGUGCCUUUGAACCAGAAGACCAGACAUUGGUGGAUAAACAGCAAAAGCGAUUUGUCGUCUAUGGAAUUGGGGGAUCUGGGAAGACACAAAUAUCCGCAAAAUAUGCCCAAAGUAACCGACAACAUUAUUGGGCAAUCUUUACUAUCGAUGCAACUUCGGCCCAGACCGCGAAAGAAUCAUUCUGUAAAAUCGGACGUAUGGGGGGUCUCGAAGCCACCGAAGACUCUGGUAAACAUUUUCUUUCCCAAGCUCGAAAGAAUUGGUUGCUCAUAAUCGAUAACGCGGACAAGCCUGGCCUCAAGUUCGAAAACCUCAUUGUGCCUGGAGAAAGAGGUCAUAUCCUCGUAACUACAAGAAAUCCCAGCCUUCGAAGGCAAGGUAACGUUGGGAGUAUGGAGGUCAAAGGUCUUAAGCAAAGAGAUGCUCUCCACCUUCUCAUGAAAGUUGCAGAUAUUCUCCCGCCGUGGGAUUUGUCCUCUGAAACGGCAGCAAAUGAGAUUACCAAGACACUGGGAUAUUUGGCCCUUGCAGUCAUUCAGGCGGGCAACUCAAUUUACAACAAAAUAUGCAACUUAGAAGAGUACCUCGGGUUCUACAGACGCUUUUUGGAAAAUCGCCAGAGAAGAAAAUCCGUUUCAAACACUGAAGAUGUUGUCGGUGGGGAAGUCGAGAAUGAUGAUAUCUAUUCGGCAUUUGAUUUUUCAUUCCAACACAUCGUGUCCAACAAUACGAUCCCAAGUCAGGAUGCAGUGGAGAUCCUCAACAUUGUGAGCUUCUAUCACUUUGAUAAUAUACGAGUUGACAUCUUCGAAAGAGGCAUGAGCCUUGAGCGAAGCCAGUUGCGUCAAUAUCCAACCAGAUCCCUUCAGGAAGGAUUUGUACAAGCUAUUGUCAGUCGCUUCAGACCACCUCGGGCACUUCCCCGAAUACUCAAGCAAAGUGCGGAUGAUAUGCAUCCAUUGUGCAUCAGAGAGGCUCUUCGCGAGUUGUAUUCGUCCUCAUUGAUAACAUAUGAAAAUGACGAACAGAGUUUCUCAUUACAUCCUUUGGUCCAUGCUUGGGCAAGAGACCGCAUACCUCCCAAGGAGAGGAGCCUCUGGGCAAUAAUUUCCUUUCAUACACUCAUGGCCUCCAUACCACUCCCUCCGAUGGAAACGGGGGAGUCCCACACUAGUUUUCGGAGGAGUCUAAUUCCUCACCUUAACGAAUGUCUGGAGGCCUGUCCGAUAGAGUUUAGAGAAUUCUCUGGGCUACACAUUGGAAAAUACCGUCGAUUUACGUUACUGUUCCAGCCCACUUUACUGUUCUCAAUUCGAGAGAUGAUUCAAAACGCUGCAAAGUGUGGGAUUCUGCACGCCGAGAAAGGUGAUUUUUCGAAGUCCGUAUAUUACCUUUUUCUGGCAAAGGAGUCGCUGGUUACGCUUUUCGGCCCGAACGACGCAAAGACAACAACCACGAUGUUAGGAUUGGCCAGUAUACUUUGGGGUCUAGGGCGCUUAAAAGAAGCCAUAGCCUUGCAAGAACAGGUUGUCGAGUCGCGGCAGAGAUUCUUAGGACCAGAUCAUCGUGAAACUCUACUGGCUAUGGACUCCCUUGGUCACUCUUUCUGGCUCAGUGGACAAUAUUGUGAAGCUCUUCAACUUCAGCAACAAACUGCCGAGAAAAUGCAGGCACACCUCGGCGAAGGAGAUGACGACACGCUCAAAGCGCUUGAUCACUUGGGUGUCACAUUAGGCUCUUGGCACCGGUUUAGAGAGAGUAGAGACAUACAUCAGAAGGUUCUGGAAAUUCGAAUACAAAGUCUGGAGGAGAGUGACUUGAGGGUCCUCGAAACGAAGAACAAUCUGGCGAUGGCCCUAUAUGAUCUAAAAGAGCUUGAUGACGCAAUAUCCUUGAUGGAGGAAGUCUAUAACGGCCGCAGGGCCCAGAUGGGCAAAGAGCACCCCUACACUCUCUGGGCGCUAUGCUACCUAGCGAAGAUAUACACUGAAAUGGGAGAGUUGCAAAAAUCCGAGGAUAUUCUCAUUGAGGGCAUCGCCGCUGGUAAACGAAGCCUUGGUGAAGAUCACCUUGGGGUUUUGAUAGGCUGCGGGGAACUUGCUCGAACUUAUUCUCGUCAGGGUCGCCUAGACGAAGCUGUGAAACUGAUUAUCACGACCAUCGAGAAGAUCAAGCUUUUUCGAGGUAGCGAGCACCCCGACUACGCUACCGGAAUGUGGAGUUUGGGCAAGGUAUGGGAGAAAAAGCAGGAGCAAGCCAAGGCAAUCAAUGCCUACCAAGUCGCGUUGGAAGCGACAGAAAAGAGGUUAACAACAGAGCAUCCGCUCUACAAGAUUAUCUCGGAUCGCAUCAUUCUCCUAACAGAGGGAGCUCACAGCAAUGACUACAAAGAGGCUACAGAAAAUGGCUCGGUCACAAAUGGCGUUGAGGAUCUGCGAAUCAAACGUUUGCAUAAUACGCAGACAUGGUAG